UAAAUAUGGCUGCAAAGGGGGUUUAAGCAGAGAGGGUGGUCACUUCCUGUCACUAGGACUACAGUUUGGAGACUCAGGGAGAGUCUACAAAUUGUCGUUAAAAAAAAAUCAGAGGUGGCGGUGAGGGGGUUAGACUCAGAAGAAAAUUUCUCAGGAGCCCACCCUGCAUCUCUACAUCUUGGAAGAGUCGGGAGUCCAGGGGCAUCACUGGUUCCUCCUCUGCCACCAAGGCCAAGGAAGACACAGAGACCUGCCUCCCCAGCGCUGCCCUCGUGCUGAGACAGCCAUGAUCAGUGAUGCUCUGCUGCCAUAUUAUACAGCCCAGAGUGGCUCUGGCAUGAGCAUGUUCAACACCGCCAUGGGGAAACUGCAGCAACAACUGUACAAGGGAGAGUAUGAUAUAUUCAAAUAUGCACCGAUAUUUGAGAGCGACUUUAUCCAGAUCACCAAAAGGGGAGAAGUGAUUGAUGUGCACAACCGUGUCCGUAUGGUGACCAUGGGCAUUGCGCGUACCAGCCCCAUCCUCCCAUUCCCAGACGUCAUGCUGUUGGCGCGACCGGCCACUGGCUGCGAAGAGUAUGCUGGACAUGGCAAGGCCACCAAGAGAAAAAAACACAAGGCAGCAAAGACCUUAGAGCUCACUAGGCUCCUCCCCUUGAAGUUUGUAAGGAUCUCUGUUCACGACCAUGAGAAACAACAGCUGCGCCUGAAAUUUGCCACUGGCAGAUCUUGCUAUCUGCAACUGUGUCCCGCUCUCGACACACGGGAUGACCUGUUUGCCUAUUGGGAAAAUCUAAUUUACCUCUUGCGGCCACCCAUGGAGAGUAACAGCGGUACCUGUGCCAUUCCAGCUGAAGCCGUGAUGUGCAUGCCUGUGUUUGAGGAAGAGAGGACGAGUCCGGGAGCCGUGGAUCUUCAAGGAAAGGGGGAUCAGGACCAGGUCAGCAUCCGGAGCCUCCACAUGGUCACUGAGGUAUGUGGGGCCACCUCUGCUGCUUAUGAUGGAGGGGAGAGACUCCAACAUGACUUUCACAAACCCACUGACAAUCUCAAUGUAUCUACCCCUAAAACAUCUACAGAGCUUGCUGAGGAGCCAGCAACAGGGGUGACUAAAGAGGCAGCAGCAGCAGGGGCAGAUGCAGGGGCAGCAACAGGCAGCAUAGCAGGUGCCUUGAGUGUGGCAGCAGCCAAGUCUGCCCCUGGACAGGUGAGCACAGCCAUCGCCGGGGCAGCCACCAUAGGUGCAGGAAGAAACAAAAGCAACAUGGCCCUUGCAGGAAUUGCCAUCAUGGCUCCAAAGAGCACGGAGGUGGCUGUGGCAGGGGCAGGCAAGUCCUUAGAGUGCGUUUCCAGCGCAUCCACAAGGCUUUCCCCAGAGGGCAGCGUGACUCUGGCCAUCGCAGGAGUAGAACCGACCAGCAGAACUGCUGCAGAAACAGACACGGAUGCAGCAGCAGGACCUCCCCUCUCCACCCAGCAGAGCAAGAGCAAUCUGAGUGGACAGCAUGGAAUGGAGCGAACCCAGGCCAGAGCUGAAGCCCGCAGGGAGAAGAGGGAAAGAAAGGAGAGAAGGGAAAAGGACGGGGCUCUCAGAAGGAGUUCCCAUCACCGCAGGACAGGCGAAAGCUGCCACAAGACAAGGGGGGACAAGAUUGCCCGAAAGUCCUCCAGCAGGUCCACAUCCAGCCACAGAGCCAGUAAAGAUGACAAAAAGAAGAAAAUCCAUGACACCCCAGGGAGCGGCUCGCAUAAAGGCGCUAGCCACACGCCCAUCUUGAAGGAGUCCAGGACCUCUCACAAAUCCGGGAGGAGCUUAUCGACCACCAGUUCCGGUUCCGGCAAGAGACUCGACAGAAUCAGCUCUUUCCUGAGGAACGUCAGAGCCAACCUUACUACAAAAGCAGUGGGUGCACCACAUGGCAGAGAUGUGGACAUCAUGGCUAAGACAGUGGAGAGGAGCACCAUGGUAACCAGCACCAAGACAGCAGAGGGUGGCCAGGAGCUGGAGAUGGUUGGUUCUAUGACAUCUGACAUUAUGGACAGGACCUUUGAAGCCCAUUAAAUAGGACCCCGAGCUGGAAGCUGCAAAGUGGUCCAGAGCUCAUGGGAGUGUCCAGCACUCUUUUCUGCCGUUUAAAUAAAGAACCAUACAUCUGAGAA